AUGGUCCAAAUGUACACUAUCCUCGGCCGCCAGGUCGGCUCCCACUGGCUGGCGAUUGCUACCCUCUCGACCCUUUUCACCGGUACCUACCUUGCCUCGUCCGGCGGUAGCAGCAAGAAGCAGUCGACGACCACUCCCCCUAUCAAUGCCUCGACCCCCGAUGAGGCGGACUUCAUCAAGAAAUUCUUGGAAGAGGCGGACGGGAAGAAGGAGGCAAAGCAUUAA